AUGGCUACCAAGCGCCCUCACGCGGCCAUGAAUGCGAAGCCGGCAGAAGAGGAGACCGUCGACCCAUCAGAUCAACUCAUGUUCGUCGCGUUGGGUGGCGGCAAUGAGGUGGGAAGAUCAUGCCAUAUCGUACAAUACAAGGGAAAGACGGUCAUGCUCGACGCUGGUCUGCACCCGUCCUACGAAGGCGUCAACCAGCUGCCCUUCUUCGACGACUUUCCAUUGGAGAAUGUCGACAUACUCCUCAUCACACAGUAAGUGCGGAUUUCCUUGCUUCAGCGGAUGCGGAUGAGUGAGAAAUUGGACACUGCGGCAGACAUCAACCCCCGAAUCUGGCUGGCGCAUUAUGUUUCAAGCGUCCCCUAUCUGACUACCGGAACUUGGGUGCAAUAGUGUAGCAGUUUUUGUAGCAGCUGUAUGCCAUUGUAUAUCGCAGCCGUCUCCUUUCUUCUCUUACGCAGUCUGCCGCAGUGUCAAUCCCACCAGCACAACAACCGGGUUGGAAGAGCAUGUAGUCGUUGAUCCACGCAACUAACGUCCUCUCCUCAGUUUCCACCAGGAUCAUGCGGCCUCAUUACCAUACGUCCUCACCAAGACGAAGUUUCAGGGUCGAGUCUUCAUGACGCACCCUACCAAGGCUCUGUACAAAUGGACCACACAAGACGCUGUUCGGGUUUCCAACACUCAUACAACCUCUUCUACAACUGGCACGGAUGCUUAUGCAAGCCAACUCUAUAACGAGCAGGACAUGCUUACGUCUCUUGGCAAGAUUGAGACCAUCAGCUUCAAUACCACACAUUCGCAUAAUGGCAUCCGGUUCACACCCUACCCAGCGGGUCAUGUCCUUGGAGCUUGCAUGUACCUUAUCGAAAUUGCCGGCCUCAACAUCCUGUUUACCGGAGAUUACAGCAGAGAAAACGAUCGACAUCUGAUACCUGCCGCUGUACCGAAGAACGUUCGGGUUGACUGUCUUAUUGCGGAGUCCACCUUUGGCAUUAGCACUCGGACACCUCGACAGGAGCGGGAGAACUCACUUAUAAAGUCUAUCACUACCAUUCUCAAUCGUGGUGGUAGAGUUCUGAUGCCAACCAACGCUGUUGGUAAUACUCAGGAACUGUUGCUCAUCCUCGAAGAUUACUGGCAGAGGCACGAAGAGUAUCGGAAAUUUCCUAUUUACUAUGCUUCGGGGCUUGCAAGAAAGGUCAUGGUCGUAUACCAGACUUACGUGGACGAUAUGAAUGACAAUAUCAAGUCCAAAUUUCAAGCAAGCGCCGCGGCAGCUUCAGGAGAUGGACGGAGUGCAGGUCCGUGGGACUUCCAAUACGUCCGCGCACUGAAAGGAGUUGAACGCUUUGAGGAUGUCGGAGGCAGCAUUGUCCUCGCUAGUCCUGGUAUGAUGCAAAAUGGUCCUUCCAGAGCACUGCUGGAACGAUGGGCCCCUGAUCCUAGAAACGGUGUGAUCGUGACAGGUUACAGCGUGGAGGGGACAAUGGCCAAAACCAUCAUGUCAGAACCAGAGUCUAUUCCGGCUGUCACAACAAAUCGCUCUGCCGCAAUGACUUUGGGUAAGCGCGCCGGUCACGCAGACGCACAGGAACAGCGGAUUCCCCGACGAUGUACAGUGGAAGAGUUCAAUUUUGCUGUUCACGUCGAUGGUCAAGAGAAUCGCGAGUUCAUCGAGGAGGUCGGCGCUCCGCACGUCAUUCUCGUACACGGCGAAAGACAUAACAUGGCACGUCUCCGGAGUCGGAUUCUCGGAACGGGCAAGAUGGAAGUCCACGCACCACAGAAUUGCAAGCCGCUCGAGAUUACCUUUCGGCAGGACAAAGUGGCCCGUGUUGUUGGACGAUUGGCAAAUCAGGUCCAGCCGCCCACGCUGCUACCAAGCCCGCCCUCGUCGGACGAGAAUGAUGACGAGGGCGAAGGCGAGAGCAAGAAGCUCAAACCCGAAGGUACUGAGCAGAUUCUGAGCGGAGUCUUAGUCUCAAAUGACUUUAAGCUCUCGCUCAUGGCCCCGGAGGACUUGAAGGAAUAUGCUGGUCUGACCACGACGACCAUCAUCUGCCGGCAACGCAUCACUCUCGGCGCAGCCGGCGUCGAGCUCAUCAAAUGGGCGCUAGAAGGCACUUUCGGAACCGUCACCGUGCACGAAACCCCCAAACCACAAACUAAUGGCAACAUCGCAGAAGCCGCCGAUGAGGAGAUCCCGCGAGAGGGCAAUACCGCUUUCGAUGUCAUGGGUGGUGCGGUACGGGUCGUUUGCAAAGCACAUGGCGAAAUAGAGCUUGAGUGGGAAGGCAACAUGACAAACGACAGCAUUGCGGACGCCGUGAUGGCGGUCUUGCUUACAGUCGAAAGCUCUCCGGCAGCUGUCAAGCAGAGCAGCAAACUCCACGAACACAAGCAUGACCAUUUUGGCGACAGUCCUGUCGAAGAGAAGCAUGCCAAUGGCGCUCUUGGCCUCAGCAAAAACCCGCUCGCCAACGUCAGUCCGAGAGAGAAGCUCGAGCGGCUGUUCCUGUUCCUCGAGGCGCAAUUCGGAGAGGACGCUGUGAAUCCCGUUGAGAAACCAAAGAUUCAGAAUUUGGCUCUCAAUGGCUCUGCAGCAGAUGGUAUGGAAGACGAGAACAUGGACGCUGUCGCCAUUGAAAAAGCAGAGGCGAAUGAAAUUGAGCGAUUGCGUGGAAUGGGUAUUCCCGUUCCGGGAGUAGAGAUUCGCGUUGACAAGAACAUCGCAACGGUAUGGCUGGAGAAACUGGAAGUUGAGUGUGCGAAUAAGACGUUGAAGGAUCGCGUUCGUGCGGUCAUCGAGAGAGCAGUGGAGACUGUGGCUCCUCUGUGGCAAUGA